ACGGAAUUCCCUCCACUUUUGAAACUACAUUUCCCAGAAACCACUCGCUUUGUUGUGACGUUUGCUGUUUUUCCGGGACCCAGCAUAAGUGUAAUAGUUAUCAGUUUACCUGCAACCAGCUGCAGCGUUGCUGGACACCAAAACACAGUGUUGCUGACAAGCUGAUAUCAUGUCGAACACGUCCAGCGACGCCGAGUCGUCUUGUGGCUGGAGCAUCAUCAGCAUGGAGGGUUCCGAUUUUGAGACUUUGGCGGCAGACUCCGCGGGACCGCAUGGACCUGAUGAGCAAAAGCGCCCCGCCGUGGCCGAACCGGAACUGCAGGACUCUCCGGACUCAGCUUCUGUUGCCGGCUGUCAUAAUGACAAAAUUGAUGGCUCCCUGGACGACACACUAGGAGACAAAACCGUGGACGAGAACUCACUGUGCGCCUCCGAGGACACAUCGCCUGGAAACCUCUCGGCCACGUGGUCGCCACUUCCUGUGCCGACGGAACCUCGCCGGCGUCAGGGCGGAGCGGAUGACGCGGACGCGGCGGAGCACGUCGCCGUGUUGUCCUCCAGCGAGCACUCGGACAUCGUGACGUUGAAGGAGCUGAAGGAGGACGAGUGCGACGGCACGGAAGAGACGGCGGCCGCCGACGAGGGCCUCUUUCUGGGCACGUCGAGCAGCAGCCGGUACACCUUCACGGCUGCAGAACCUGCAGCUCAGCUGCCGCCCGCAGCCACGAACUCCAGCAGCAGCGAGGAAGAGGCGGCGCUGAGCGUCGUGGUGCGAAGACGCAGGUUGAGGAGGAACACGGCGAACACCGUGACGGAGUCCUGCGAGGAGGAGACGACGAUGGAGUCUGAGGAGGAGGAGCAGCAGGAGGAGGAGGAAGACAAGCAGCUGGCGGAGCAAACUGGAGACAAACCUGCGACGGUGAGAAUGCGACGCCAGGGCAGCGCCACCCUCAACUCUUGCGUUCUGCUCGCCGUCGUCAUCGCCCUCAGCGUGGCCUUUGGACACUUCUACGGUACAGUGCACGUACAAGAGAGGCAGAAAAACAUCAAUAAAGUCAGAGAAAAUGAACUCAACAGUGUGAGGGACGUUCUUCAAAACCACGUCAAAAGCGACAACCUUAUCCUGGAUGAGUUGGAUGAGCAGAAGCUGACGUCAUUGUUCAUAGAAGUUGUCAAAAAGAUGGACGAAGAGAACAAGGAGCUCAGCAUCCAGCAAGGACGCGGACAGAAGAAGCUGAGGAACCUUCACUCUAAGAUUCAAGAUCUGGAGGCUAGAGCAGCCGCAGCCGACGCGCUUCUGUCCGAAACAAAGAGCCUGAAGGACAAGCUUGAGGACGAAAAGAACUUGCUGUCCGAAAACCAGAAGCUGAAGGACGAGCUGGAUCGGGAGAAGGAACUGAGGAAGCAGCUCGACAAGGAGCGGAAUCUCGCAUACGAGGCGGAGGCCCAAGAGUCCCGGGCCCGUCUGAGGAAGCUGGAGGAGAGGCUGGCCUACGAGGAGCAGCGCUCCAACAUGUGGGAGAGGCUCUACCUGGAAACCAAGGAAGACCGGGCCAAGGGAGAUACGGAACCCAAAGUGGCGAAGGCAAAAGGACGCACGUCGGGGGUCGUGAAAGACACGUUCGAUGCGGUCAAGAACUCCACCAAGGAAUUUGUCCACCAUCACAAAGAGCAGAUUAAGAAAGCCAAGGAGGUUGUGAAGGAAAACCUGCGCAAAUUCUCCGAUUCCGUCAAAUCGACUUUCCGCCACUUCAAGGAUUCGGCCAGCACCUUCAUCAACACGAUGAAGAGGGAAGGUAUCAAAUUCUACGAAGAAGAAAACUACAAGGAAAAGAAGGGCCAACCCAGACAAGACGCCAACACGCGCAAAUCGGGGAACAGAGUCCACAAAGAGCGAGGCCAGAGCACCAACCCCAAAGGAUGCCGAGGAGUCUUCGACUGCGCCUACCACGAGUCCAUGACCGUUUUCAACAAAGCCGCCGAGCCCAUACGGGCCGACGAGUUCCACCAGCUGCUGUGGAGCUACCUGCAACGGGAAGUCCACAACUUCCGCCACUGGAAGGAACUGGAGAGCUUCAUCAAAGGCUUCUUCCGCAACGGCCUCUUCAUUCACGACCACAUGCUCUUCACGGACUUCGUGAGCAGGUUGGAGCAGUACCUGGUGAGCAUGCCCGAGUACCACGGCCUUCACGACCACGCCUUCGGGGAUGUGGACGACUUCAUCUACAGACACCUCUUUGGCGAGCCGUACGCAGAGAGCGCCGGACCCAGCGGGCCUCUCGAGCGACCGGACUCUUCCUCCCGAGAGGAGCUGAGGAUGAAACACCAAGGACGUCGGCAGCAGAGACAAAAGGCGUGGCGUCGCAGCAGGCGAAGAAACGGGCACAGGGCCGACGUCAAACUCAGAGCGGCCCCCACGCCGUUCGAACCCAAAUACUGAACACUUCUCGACAAGUUUGACGGCAAUACCUGAUUUCAUUCUUUAGUCCUAUUCUGGGUGGCUCUUGAUGCCUUGUUUGCACAAUGUUUUAAUUUUUUUAAUGCUACUGAAUGUCCUCCAGGGGGGUUUCUGUGGAUUCCGGUGGAACAUUUUCAGAUGCACUUUAAAUGGAUUUGUUUUUGGAUUGAGCUAUUUCCACCCAAAAAUACAAAAGGAUGCUGUUUUUUGGCAAUGCCAGGAAUUGUCUGCUCCGUAAAAGUUAGAACACUCCACCAUCUUGCCUUGGUUGAAAUAACACCUCGACACGGGGUUAGAGAUGAGGCGCACGCGCUGUUCUUUUAGUCCUAAACGUAAUUAAAAUGCAUUUGUGCACUCCAAACAUUGCGCACGUUGGCAAUGUUGGCGUUUUGAGUGAAGUGGUGAGGAACAUGUGCUGAUCUCACUGUUGAGUGCAGCUACCGUGAACCAUCCCUUAAACUUCACCCUCAAGUUUCUAAAAACGUUUGCGUGCCGAUUCGACCUUAGCUCGAACGCAAUAGCCGACUAAUGUUGAUUAACACACAAUUUGUUUGUAAAUGUGUGAUUGGUUGUUAUUUGUAUGCAACAAAAAAAAAAAAAAGAAUUGCGGGGUGUAAAAAAAGCAAAUGGGUUUGAUAUGUAGAACAAGCUUGUGUGACGGAGGUUAAUGUUCUAACGUUCCAUUUUUUUUGUUCUCAUCUGAAUGAGACAGGAAAAAAAAUUGUGUAAA